GUAAACUUCUUAUAUUGUAUUUCUCUAUCGUUGCGACAAAAUGUUCAGACCAAAUCUUUAGACAAGAUUUAAUUUUCACUUUUAAAAUCUGGCAGCGCUCGUAAAUUUUGCAAACGGCCGUCUAGGCUUUUUCAGUUUUAUUGACGGCAUUGACGGCGCAUUCAUUAUCCUGAAAUCAGAAGAACAAGUAAAUAUAUUUCGCCGGAAAGAAUUAAAAGUUAAAAUAUCCCUAUCGUGCCAAAUUUUUGAAAUGAUACUUAAUUGUUCUUAAAUUCGAAACUCGGCAUCAUAGUUUAAAAAGUUUAUUAGUAAACUCACUUGGCGGUAAUAACUUUUUUUUAUUUCGUAAAAUGGAGUUUGUUUGUUCAAGGAAUGUGCAUAUAAAAGACGAGCCGGAUGAUUACACUGAAAAUAUGGAGAAUAUAGAUGUAUUGGCGGACUCUGAUGAACACACCAUAGUGGAUGUAGAUCCAAUGAAUUUAUUGGAAGCACUAGCAGAGCGCAGUAGCGAUGACGGCCAAGAUCAAGCCAAUGUAACAACUACUAGCGAUGAUGGAGGUACGAUUGAUAAGUGGCAAGCAUGGAUAAAGACUUAUCCUUGGUUGCUGCGUAGACCAGAAGGCAAACGUUUAGGUUUCUGCCUUUACUGCGGUAAAAAUAUGACUGUGGAAGGGGCAUAUUAUUUACAAAGGCAUGAUGGAGCAUUGAUACACAAAGAGAGAAAACAAAAUUAUGAGGCAUUCUUACAUAGUUGCCGUGAAACAUUCAAUGAAGAUGGAUUGGUUGCUAUUAAAAAUGAAAUAGAUAUAGCAAAUGCUGAGCGCAUUUCAAUGGAAUUAAUUACGAAAAGGUUGGAAAGAUCUAAGGAGUUAAACGAUUUUAAUUGGAAUAAUUGGCUAUGUGAACAUAGUUGGUUAGAGCGGCCGAAUCACUACGAUGAUGUUAGUACCAAAGGAUUUUGCAAACUUUGCAAAUGUAUUUUCGAUGUAGAAUUUUCGGUCAACAGGCAGAGACACGAAAAUUCUAUUAAGCAUAAGCUAGGAGAGCAACUAAUUUUGGAUCAAGAAAAUGAUGAAAAUCCCAAUAAUACUGCAGAAAUAGCUGGAAAUAACUCCGAAAUAGCUAACGAAGACGGAGAUGAGGAGAACAUAAUCAGAAUAAACAACCAUCUUGCCAGCAAAAUUUUGAAAGGGCGCUUAUUCGAUAAAGUACCGAGUUCCAGUAGUCAACGCUGCUGCCGUGUUUGCAGGGUGACAAUGGAUAAACAUAGUUGCCGUAAGCAUUUAAAAACCAAGUUACAUCGGAAGAAUAUGCAGGCAUUAGCAAUUAGUGCCAGAAAGGAUAAGAAAUUUACUAUGUCUAAUAUGCCUAUUGACUGGAGCAAAUACACAAAAAUCCAUAGGUGGAUUUGUGCAGACCCAGAUGAUCCGAAGUUUGCAUACUGUAAGUACUGCGAGAAGCGAUUCAUGUAUGGAUUGUCAACUGUAAAAAGAGCUCUCCACGAAAAGUCGCAAUCCCAUUGUGAAGCUAUGAAACGCAAACUACCAAAUGGUAAUGAUGAGAGCAAUGCGGAUACCAACUGUGAAGAACAUGAUCGUACAGCAAAUGAAAGCACCUUGAAACGAAAGCGCACUAUGUUCACAGAUGAGUGGUUUGAAUUAAAUCCAUGCUAUGAGAGAAACGAACACGAUGAAAACUACAUUUACUGCAAAUGUUGUAAAGUACAGCUUUUGAUCAGAAACUUAAAUAUCUGCAAACACGAGAGAGCGGAACGUCAUAGAUUUUCUCAAAGCUCAUAUUUUGAAAACGCUAAGAAAGAAAAAUUAAUGGAUCAAAUGGAAGAUUUUAAGGAAAGGGUAGUUAGUUUCCCUUGGCUAAAACGUAUAAAGAACGGACAAACUUUUUGUAAAUUUUGUCGGAUAGUUCUUUCGAAUCAGUACAGGCCCGCCGUGCACGACCAAACUGAGCGACAUAAAUUAGCGACACAAAAAUACAUUGCACGGAAAAAUUCACAAAUGGAGGGGGUUGCUCAAGAGGAGUGUGGUAUUAGUGAGGACGAACUCAAGCCAAUCUUUGCUAAUGGUGACUGGCAGAAAAAAUAUGUGUGGCUGUCAUUUACCGAAAGCGAAUCGCGUGAACACUACGGUUACUGUACCUAUUGCAAACAAAGCGUUUUUGUGCCCACAGCAAAAUUCGCAUCGAAGCAUGAAUGCACUGCUUCACAUAUACGAGCGCAUUUAAUGCGCCAAAAUGAAACCGAACCAUCACAAAUUUCCAAAACGGAGGAUACUCAAAUCCAAAACAACAUCAGUUCAAAAUAUAAACUAUACAAAUGGCUUUUACCGGAUCCCGAAGGUCAUAGAAGUUUUGGCUAUUGUAAAUAUUGCAAAACUCGCGUAAUGACUGAAGGCUUAUUGGCAUUGGGACAUCACAACUCACGUAGCCAUCGAAAAGCAACAAGUAGCUAUUUACAGAAACAGAAUGGUGAAAUCUUAGAGGAGAACACUCAAAACACACUGGAAAAUGGAAAUCAUAAUCCAACACAUGCUACUAUGGAAGGUGGUAAUCUAGAUGAAUCUGGCUCGGAGGUUUCUUUAGCCACACGGCUGACCAAUGCUCAUACGGAAAUGCUUAGCUUGAUUCGCGAAAUGAAAGGUAAUAAAAUGCGACAAAAUUUGACAAUGCUUUCCGGACCCAUCUCAGCUGCAGCGUCCCUUUCACCCUCAGAUGCGGAUAUAUGCUAUUCGCGCGUUUCCGAACAACACAAUGGAAAGUUGGAAUUAAAUGUUUUGAGUCAAGCUAAGCGGGAGCGCAACACGUACGAUUUAUUCUUUGAAAGUAUGAAUGAAACAGUUAAAAGAUUACCAUUGGAUUUGGCUGCAGAGAGUCGAGUUAAAAUAAUGAAAAUCGUGUAUGAUUUGGAAAUGCGUGCGAUGCAACGUAAAAACCAAUCAGCCGCUAGUACAAGCUCAACACCAUUGUCAUCACGUUCAACAUUCGCCAUGAGAGAUCGUAGUACUUCUAAUCCAAAACCGAAUUCUGAUACAAUCAUUCCAGAUAAUAACGAGCUCAGUACAAGUCAAUGCAACGAACCAGACGAUGAACCAUAAUCAUGAUAUUUUUAGUUUCAAAAGUAAUUAAAUUUUUAUUUUGCAUAUCCGCACUACAACUGUUGAGGUAUAGAUUGUUCGGUAGAAUUAUUGUUUUUUUUUUAAGUCUUAGUGAUUAAUGUUUGCUCUCAAAAAACAUCAUGAAUUGAGUAUUUCGUUUCAGAUAUUUCAAUAAUUUGUGGUAUUAAAUAGUUUGUUGUGCUGUUUAUUCUCAGAAAUAUAUAUAUUAUUUCAAAGCUGGAACUUAAAACCAGUCUUGAAAAUUGCUAUUAAAAUGCAUUGGAAGUACAGGAAAGAAUAUACAUAAAUAUUUAUUAUAUUCGUAGUAGCAGCCCUCGGCAGUUGUUGUUGCUUCUUUAUCUUUUAAUUAAAAUUUUUACUUAACAAGAAUUUAAGUCUCAAUUCGUGCUUUUUUAUUAUCUCAUAUUAACAAAAAUCUAAACUUUUAUGAAAUAUUUUACGUACAAUGCUGUAAAU